AGCUUCACGUGAACUAAAACUCAACACGUUUUAUCUGACAAACGUACAAGCACCGGAUCUCGUCUGAUCUAAACCUCCAUCAGGAUUAAUGUUCGUUUAUGCGUUUCAUUUAUUCAUCAGUUUCUCCCUGUCCCUGCAGCACAAAUUUAAAUAAGAUCUAAAUAACUCCAUUCAUCAGGACAACAACAACAACAAAACUGUAGACCGGGACUGAUUGUACUCUUGAUAAAAGUUGUCAGAACCGGUCCGUGAUUCAGCAGGAACUGCACACACGCUGAGGUUAAACACACUGCAGUUCAGGGUUUAACCUUAAACUUGUAGAGAUUUAGCUGAUAAGCAGCGGGAGUCUCUCCACGCCGGGUUUAUUUACUCUCACGGCUGCUCGUGUGAUUUAUUUAUAGCUGCUCUUAUCUCCGUUUGGGUCGCUGCCCUCGUUUCUGAGCAUCCGCUCUGGUCCUGAGAAACCACAGGACACCGAACACAUACAGAACUGAAAUAAAGCGGCGUGCUUUAGAUCCGAAAACAAAACGUAUACGCAUUCAUCGUUUUAUUUUCUACAUUUGUUUGUCGGUUAAAAAGAAGAUAUUUUAGAUUUUCAAUUGUUUGAUAAAUAAAUCAAUGAAAUUAGAUAAAAUAAACAAGCAGACAAAUUUUUCAAUCCCAGUGAAGGAGGCGUGGCCUCGAUCAUUUCCAAAAUAGGCAUGGCCUCUUGCCUGUUAGUUCCAGUGAAGGAGGCAUGGCCUCUGUGCUUGUCAUUUUCAAUAUAUCAACCCCCAAAAGUAGGUGUGGUCUCUGUGCCUGGCAAUCCCAGUGAAGGAGGUGUGUCUGUAAUUCAAACGAGCUGUGGCCUCUGCUUGUCAGUCUCGGUGAAGGUGUGGCCUCUGUGUCAGUUCCAAUAAAGGAGGUGUGGCCUCUGUGGCAGUUCCAGUAAAGGAGGUGUGGCCUCUGUGGCAGUUCCAAUAAAGGAGGUGUGGCCUCUGUGGCAGUUCCAAUAAUGGAGGUGUGGCCUCUGUGGCAGUUCCAAUAAAAGAGGUGUGGCCUCUGUCAAUUCCAAUAAAGGAGGUGUGGCCUAUGUGGCAGUUCCAAUAAAGGUGUGGCCUCUCUGUCAGUUCCAAAAAGGAGGUGUGGCCUCUGUGGCAGUUCCAGUAAAGGAGGUGUGGCCUCUGUGGCAGUUCCAAUAAAGGAGGUGUGGCCUCUGUCAGUUCCAGUAAAGGAGGUGUGGCCUCUGUGCCAGUUCCAAUAAAGGAGGUGUGGCCUCUGUGCCAGUUCCAAUAAAGGAGGUGUGGCCUCUGUGCCAGUUCCAAUAAAGGAGGAGUGGCCUCUGUGGAAGUCCCAAUAAAGGAGGUGUGGCCUCUGUGGAAGUCCCAAUAAAGGAGGAGUGGCCUCUGUGGAAGUCCCAAUAAAGGAGGGAAGUGUUUUCUGUACUGUAACGGACUGAUGGACCACAUCUACGUCUGCCAGAACACCACGGCCUGCAGCGCCUGGUACAAAACACCCACUCACUUCAACGGGACACUGGAUGCGUUUGUGAAAAUCACUCGCUCGGAGGGUCUGCGCUCUCUGUGGAGCGGCCUUCCUCCUACACUUGUGAUGGCGGUUCCUACCACAGUCAUCUACUUCACUUGUUAUGAUCAGCUCAAGGACGUCAUGUGUUACGGCCUCGGUUACCACAGCAACUACGUAUCCAUCAUCGCCGGGGGUCUGGCGAGACUGGGCGCGGUCACAGUGAUCACCCCGUUGGAGUUGGUGCGCACUAAGGUGCAGUCACGGCGUGUGUCGUACAGCGAGCUGCGAGUGUGUAUCAGAUCGGCCGUGGCUCAGAGCGGCGUGCUCUCGCUGUGGAGGGGGUGGGGACCCACCGUGCUCCGAGACGUCCCUUUCUCUGCCAUGUACUGGUUUAAUUAUGAGUUGAUGAAAGCAGCGCUGUGUGAGAGAUACAGAACACCGCAGGCUUCUUUCAACAUCAGCUUCGCAGCAGGAGCCGUUUCCGGAGCUAUCGCUGCGAUCACGACGCUGCCGUUCGAUGUGGUGAAAACGCGCAGGCAGAUCGAGCUGGGAGAAACCGAGCUUCUCGGAGCUCCUCCGAAGAAGCCUUCCUCCACAUGGCUCGUAAUGAAGAGUAUCUGGACUGAAAGCGGCUACCGAGGCCUGUUCGCAGGUUUCCUGCCGCGGGUGAUCAAAGUGGCUCCGGCGUGCGCCAUCAUGAUCAGCACGUACGAGUUCGGGAAGGCUUUCUUCCGCAAGCACAACGAGGAGGAGCGGCGGCGUGGCGGAGACGUGCGGAGGAGCAUCGCCGCAGAGCUGCAUGAUCGCUUCCACCCAAACUGACCGGCCUUUAGCUCGGCCUUGGCAUGCGUCCUUGUUCUUAUCUCCGCAGGUUCUGGGCAGAAGGGCUGAAGCUCUCGGGUUCAGUUCGAUAACGCUGUGCAGGCGUUAAUUAUUUAUUUAGUUAUUUAUUUAUUUCCCUGAGAUGUGAUGUACUGCAUUGCAGUAAGACUGCAGCACACUGGAGCUGCACAAAAGCAUGCUGGGAAAACUGCUAUCCUUGCAUUUAUCUGCAUGCACGGGUGCUUUGAGGGAAUAUUAUUCAGCGGAUGAAUUAAUCUGGGCUGUGAAAUGGUUCCUGGUUCCAUGUGGUCUUCAUAUAUAUGUAUAUGUUGUAUGGCCAGUCUGAAAUAGCAGAUGAGUAGAGAGCUUCCAUACGCUGCCCCCAAGUGUUCAUACACUGCAACUACAACAGACGAAUCAGAAGUGCAUCGGGUUUAUGGAGAAAUAUGGUUGAAUAUUGAAGCUCUCAUCGAUUCAAACCCCCACUGAAUUAGAAGCGCACAUCUGUUCGGUCACACCUAAAGCACAGCUGGAUCAUUUCCGCUGUCCCGUGAACUGAAAAAACAUCUAAGUUAAGAACGUUACACAACAACAUCUGCUUGGGGUGGGGGGUUAUUUAGAGUAGUUUGCCCAUUUAUUGCGCUCCAUACACUUAUAAACCAUUUUGUCUGAUUGCAAUGCCUUCUGGGUAACGUCCGUCCCUGAAGGACGUCUACGUACACGGAUGUCAACGCGAUCCUUUAUCCUGUGUUCUUGUCCAUGUCUGAAUUUUAAAGGCACUUAUUUCCCACGAGCCAGAAGCGUGUCAGUUCAGAAAACCUUUUUGUACAAGAAAAUCAGGAUGGUUCUAUUUAAAAAUAAUAAUAAUAAUAAUAAUAAUAAUAAUAAUAUAGACACAAGAUGGACAGGUUCUUUAGAAAUCUUUUUCUCAGUGCUGGGUGGGAGUUAAAUCGAUUCAGUAAAUUGAUCCGGGUCUGUCUGAAACGGUCCAGCUUCACUUGAGCUGAUGUUGAGAUCAAAAGACCCUUAAAUGAGCAGGAAACUGAGUAAAAACAGCGGAUUUUCUGAUUUCUAUGCAUUCCAGCAGCAGUGCUAAUUUUCUUACUGAAACGAUGAAGCCUUUUACAAAAGUAAAUAACAUUUUCCUCACUAGGGGAAUAAACACAAAACGAUCAAUGCACACUUGAUUAAAGCUAGAAUCCUGGUCUGUUUUUGCUAACAUUAAAACUUGGCUGAUUUUAUUAUUAUUUUUAGAAGCUGCAGUUGGACUAUGAACCGUUUGCUAACGUUAGCAGCCUUUCUGACUACAGUGACGUUAUAUUGUGAUCAAAUGUUUUAUCCCCUUUGGGGCCUGCUUUUUUUGUAUUGUGUGUCUGUUAUUAGGCAAUUCUAGUACUAGCUAGCCGGAACUAGCAUAAGUUACCUGAUAACACUAAAGAAGAAAGACUUUAUCCCGUAAUGUGCGUUUAGAAAGCGAAUAAAGCAAGUCUGACCCUCA